AUGCGACCGAACACCAAUCUCAACUUCACGAGUACAAUCCUCCGGGGCAAGGACGAAAUACCAAACCAAGUGCACUUUGUUUGGGCACUCUAUGAUGUUGAUUCUGAGCUCAGACUUGCCUUCGAGCAAUACUUAUCGAUGUACUCAGCCUGGUUCUAUCUGAAACCACACACUAUAUAUCUCCAUACAAACGCCAAAGAAGCUCAGAUCGACCGCGCUCGCAACGGAUCCUCCGGAAAAUGGGCUGCGCGAAUCUUCUCGAUGCCCGGUCUUCAAGUGAAAUGGAUGGAAGCCCCGCAUGAAACGAAUCAAGGAGUCAAGUUGGCAUAUAAAGAGCAUAUUUCAGACUUCAUGAGAGUCAAAGCCGUCCAUGAAUAUGGCGGUGUGUACAUUGAUUUCGAUGUACAGGUGUUACGAGAUGUGGCUGCGCUGCGCAAGAGCGGGUUCACGGCUGUCGGAGGCCGACAGAUAGAUCAAAACUUGAACAGCGGCACGUUCAUGUCGAAAAAGGGUACUAAGAUGACGAAGCUCUGGAUGGAAAAUAUGCACAAGUUCUACAACGGCGGGUGGACCACACACAGCAAUUGGUGUCUUACCAGAGUUGCGGAGAGUCUUGUUCGCGAACCAGGCGAGGUGCUCAUCCUCGACAGUAAAGCUUUUGCGCCAGUUGGUUGGAAUCCGGAGGACGCAAUUGAGUUAUUUGGGCUACAAAACGAGACUCUGGAGCUCGACAUUGACGCCGGAUUAACAGCGUCAGCGGAUGAUGGGGAAGUCAAAAUUGACUGGACUCCCAUCAAGCCAUCGUGGCCUCUGGAUUGGACAGCAACUUAUUUCUUACAUGCAUUCACUCCAGAUUGGAAAGUCAUUCCUAUCGAAGGGUUCCAGGGAGUCACGCCACGCUAUAUUCUAAGUCGUCAGAGCAACUACGCAUUAGCGACAUAUCCUGUUGUGAAGCAUAUGUACAUCAAUGGUCUCGUGACAAUGGAGGAUGGGGAGUAUUAA